AUGGCCUCUGAAAAGAAGGAAGUCACUCUAUCAGCUACCGUCGAAGAGCCUCUCGACCUGCUUCGUCUCAGUUUGGAUGAGAAAGUAUACGUUAAAAUGAGGAAUGACAGAGAGGUCGAAGAAACCAUCACAACUCGGGAAGUAGACGAGGACACCUUCGAAGAGAUCUACAGACAGUCCAAGCGAGUGGUCCCAAUGCUCUUCGUUCGUGGAGAUUCAGUCAUCCUGGUGUCACCCCCAAUUCGUGCAUCCUAA